AAGGACUUCAGUCAUGUUAGAUAAACGGCAAGAUGAACAACUUCCUAUAACUAACAAAGCUCUACCUGAUGAAAACACAACACAACCAAAAGAGGAAGCAAGGGAUUUGACUGGAAACAAUUUCUCAUCAAAUGGUGAAAGACCCUUGGAAGAAAAACUUGGAGAUUUACAUCUUAACAAACCCAUUCAAUUCCCAGUUCCUGUGCCCCAUCUAAAGAGUGGUACCAAGCAAAGGUCAAGGCCACAUAGUCCUGAACCAAAUAAAUCUAGCAAUGCUUAUGCUCGUUCACUCUCUGCUGUGUAUACGAACCAGCAGCCAGAUAGAGGCGUACAUCUUGUUGAGGAUCAUCUGCCAGGACCAUCCAAACGAGGCUCUGGAGGUUCACCAGAGUUGCCAGGACCUUUGCUGCCUUAUGCCAAAAAGGGUCAGGUGGUUUACCAUUCAGCCAUGAUUCAACUGUCUCUCACACCUGAAGUGGAUACAUUUAUCAAUUCUAUAGUAAGAAAAUAACUUUUUUUUUUUUUACAGUAAACCUAUGAAUGUAUUUUUAAUUAGAUCUAAUAGUUUAUGAAUAGUAAUUUAAGUAUGCUAUAUAUGAAAUAGAGUUUUUUCUCUAGAAAUCCAUGAAUUUAUUUCAUACUUUGUGAAAUGAACUACUUAUUCUCAAAACAAUUUUAAUAAAUAGUUUCAUCCCAGUUUUCAAAAUAUAACAUUUAAAAAUGUAACUUUAUUAUUUAAGAGACAAAAUACUUUAAUAUUUAAUACAAUGUAUUUCCCUUCAUUCAUUGUGACUCUUUCAUUUCAUGUUUAAUGCAACUUUAUUAACCAAGACACAUAACACUUUUACAUUCAUUUAAACGAAUGUUUCAAACAGGAUGAAGAAAAUAAACUUGCUAUAGAAAACCGUUUGUCCAGCAUUGGUCAAGAAAUUCUAGUAUUGAGACGUCAGAGGAAGAAAACUCAGAGAUUCUACAGUCGACUAAAUAAAGGCACAAAAGUUUCAAAAGGUUGCUAUAAUUUUUAGAUCCAAGAUUUAUCGUCCAUAAUUUUUGUCAACAAAUUUCAUGGCUUAAAAAUUAUAAUUAGCUUUGUUUAAUUUUGUUUAAAAUAUAUAUAUAUAAUUUAAAUAUAGCUAUAGCACAAAGGCUGAUUUAGAAAUUUUAUUUUAUUUUUAAAUUAUUUUAGACUAUAUAUCAUACUGACUUUAUAGCCAACCUGCAUAUUUAAACAUCUCUUAAUUGCUUUUUUUAACUUAUUGAUUUGAGAGCUACAUAAUGAACAAAUAGUAUAUAUUUAUGUUAUUUCUGCCUGGCAGAACUUUUUCAUUCAUUUUAUUACUUAUGAUACAAAAUAAUUUACAACACAUUAUCUAUACUACCCCUAUCUUUGAUGACUGAUUACAGUUUAUAGUUUUCAUUUGUAACUUAAUUGUAACCCACAGGAGAUCAACAUGUUAGUGAACAGACUAUGAAAGAACUUAAUGAAGUCACAAAGAAGCUUGCAUUCUUGCAGUUAUGCAGGACGCACCUAGAGGUAGAUUAUGACUUGUUUCGACAUAUCAGAUAA